GGUGGGGACAAGACCCCGGUGGUGCCCGGGAGGCGUCGGGUCGGAGAAGAACGCUUGCCCCGCGCGGAGCAGCUACCGGCCUUGUCUGGCUCCGCCAUAGUUGCGGCGCCAUGGGGGCGCGGGUAGGCCCCGGUUCCCACUGCGCCUGCGCGGGUGGGGGUGGUAGAGGGAUAAUGGCAACGACGGAGAGGAUUUGAGUGGGACGAGGAGAAGGAAAACCCGAGUGGGAUUGGGGCUCCGGGCGGGAGACAACAGCUCCACGGCUCUGGGAACGCCUAGGUUUUUUCUUCCUGGGCUCUAGCACUGAGGCCUGGUUCGUCUCGGCGAAGAGAACGACCUUUCCCGCUCUUAGAGCUGCUGGAAAUAAACAGGAUUUCCUGCUCCCUUUUUGCCUCUCUCCCAGUCUAAUGGAUCGGACGGUCACCACGGAUCUUUCCCGGGGUCGGGAGUUCUGGAGGGAGGCUGUUUUUAGACUUGGCCAUAUGCAUGCUUUUUUGGGCGGGAGACUCUGGUUUAAAUAGUCUAGUGACAGUUUCGAAAGUAUCGUCUUGCCUAGCCGAAAGCCCUCACCGUUGCCCCUACAAGGGUCAAUUAAAGUCUUAACUCGUUACCUUUUAGACUCCGUGCAGAGUUUCCAUGCUGUGGUUUCCGUUGCCAAAAAAAUUGCUUUGCCGUUGUAGAAUUUGUUAGAGAAUACUGGCCACCUUGGUCAGCAUCUGCCUCAACUAGUUAGUGCAAACAGACACAUUUCUCGAAAUUGCUAGCUUUUUGCUUCCCCAAGUGCUGUCUGAUACUUGUAUUUCUAAUGAUCUUCUUUGGCAGAGCAGGGCCAGUAGGGGCUACACGUUUCAGGGAAAACACAUGAAGAGUGAGGCCAGGAGAAGGUAGCGCGGAAAACUGGGAAUCAGGAAAUGUUCGAUUGUAGGACUUGAAAGACAUGGAUAUAAAAAAAAAAAAAUGGGAAUAUUUUAGGACACUUAACCUUGGAUGUUAGAGGAACCCUUGGCAUUAAUUUUCUUUUUUUAAGUCCUUACUUUCAACAAGUUUGAUGUGGCAACAGUUUACUCCCCAGUAUGAUACUAGCAGCUGACUUUUGAGAUGUUAUGAAAGAUACUUAAGAAUAAGUUGCAUAUUUGAGAAAAGUCGGUAGCUACCAGACACUCAAACUGUUGUCUGGAUUUAAAAAGCCAUUUCAAAUUGAUCUUUAGGAGGAAUCACCUUCUUGCUGAGGAGAAUGUCCUAAAUAAAGUGUUCAUGAAUACUGAUUUCUUUUUGAGUAAAAGGCUUAGGAAAUUUCCCAUUUUGUACAAUAGUAUUUUUAGUUCUUAGGAAUAUACUAAAUAAAGUGGGGAAUUUUGGUGUUAUUGUGAUACAUAUCAUGAAUCUGAGAGAUCAAGUUUAAAACUUCAGUUUUUCCCAGAGCCCAACUAAGUUGACAGAUAAACUACAUUUUGUGGGAAAAGCAUGGGUUUCAAAGCCAGGCAGACCUGGGUUUGGCUCCACCAUUUACAAGUUAUGGACAAGUUAUUUGACUUCUUUGAACUAAAUUUCCUCACCCACAUGGAAAAAGAGAAAUGAGAUAACAAAUUUAAAACAUUUGACUUAUAGCAGGCUUCCAGUAAGAGAUAACUAUAACCAAAGAGAUUGUUUGUGAUCAUUAGAAGACCAAGUGUUUAAUAACGUAAAGCAUACUUGGUUAGGUCUGUUUUCUGAGGUCCCUCUGGUGAUACCCAGUGAGCAGGAGAUGAUGUUAAUGUUAAUGAGGAAACUGGUUAAUGGAUAAAAUAUUGAUUACCCACCAAUAAGAUGCCUGAUACUGUGUUAAAUGUAACUGGGGAGGAGGCAGAAAAACAGUUCUGCUCUUGAGUAAAUUAAGUGUUAAUGGUUAUAACAUGCACGUUUUGUGUGAAGAAAUAAAUGCUUGUUCUCGCUAUAAAUUCAAACAAGUAAAACUUGUAAUGGUUUACUUGAAAAGAUUUGUUUGAAACGUGCUUUGAAGAAUGGCUUGACUGUGGCUUAGAAUGGAGAGAAGUGUUUGAGAAUAGAGUAUGCUCUAACUGGUGAGGAGGAAGUGCUCCAGUAAGGAGCAUUUGUGAGAAAUAACAAACAAUCUAGUUUGGAUUAUCAGCCUCAUGAAGGAUCUAGAAAUUUAACAUAAAGCAUAACCCAGAAACAUCAUGGAACAUUCAAAAUCAUGGAUUCAAAAGGCUCUUGAAAGAAUUGAGCAACCCUGGAAAUGGUGUGCUGACGGGAAGGACAAAUUCUUCCAGGAACCUGAAUACCUGGGUGUCAUUUCAGGAGCUGUUCAUUCUUACAGUUCUGCCACUAAGCCAUAAUAUUCAUGAAAUCAGUGAUUGAAAGUUAAGACUGAAAUAAUGAGAAGUCAUUUGAGGAUUUUGAAGACAGGUGUGACAAUCACAAAAUGAUGGGCAGAGUAUGAUGUCCUAGCAGCAUUCAGGAAUUAGUGCAGAGGAAAAUGACUUCUGAGAAGAAAAUCAAUGGUAAAGAUGAAGUUCAAUUAAAAAUUGACUGGACUAGAUGGCAGAAAUGCAAGAGUCUGAAAGGAAAGAGUAGGUACAAAAGGAAAAGAUGACUGACUUUAACAACACGAGUAAGCUCAUAGUCCUGGAAACUGAGAAGGAUAGUAGAUACUGAGAAGCAUCUUCAAGCAUGUCUGGAUUGUGAUGAUUAGUAAUUAAAACUCAAAAACAGAUUUUGUAUGGGUAGGAAGAAUUGCUGAAGGGUUCAAAUUUGUGGUAGAAGUGAGAUAUAUCAGUAGGUAGGUCUCUGGGUGGCACAAGUGGUUUGUGAUGGACUACUAACCUAAAGGCCUGGUAAUCUGUUUCCAUGAAGAUUAUAGCCAAGAAAACCCUAGGGAGUGGUUCUGCUGUACAACACAUGGGGUCGUCAUAAGUCAGAAUUGACUCAGCAGCAGUAGGUACCUUAGGCUGAAGGGUUGUGGAUAAAGUUCAGGAUUAAUUAAAUAGGGCAUAAUAGAAAGCUGACAAAAUAAGGAAGCAGAUGAGCUCCCCAAAGGAGAUUUAGUGGCCAGAAGAGGAUUUUCUGGACCCUUUUGGGAUUUACAGAAUAGUUAUGUAUGCGGUAGUUCAUUGCUGGCCAUUUUAUUGUGCCAGGCAACCCCAGGGCGAUACUUCAGACUAAAGGUGUUUAUAGUCUUGUCAACUACACAGCAACACCAUCCCUGAAUGCUAAAAGUUCCAUCAGUUCUGAAAUGGUCAGAGAGAUCCAGUCAAGAUCAGCCACUUAAAGGAUUUACUGUAGAUUACCUCUGUUUUGGAGAACUUCUAGAAAGAUGGGUCAGUUUGGGGCCACAAACUUGAUGUAGAUCUUCCAGGGCUGUAUGGGCCACUUCAGAUCCCAGAUCCCAUUAGGGUCACCUAUAUUCCUACCUGCUGCACUAACUCCAGCAAGAAGCCACUGUGGGUCCAGGGGAGAAUCUUAGGAGGGUUUCAAGGAAGCAACAGUAUUGUCAGCCCCUGUUUGUAGCCUUCCAUCUCUAUGGUAACUAACUGGCUGUCUCUGUUUAUGUAUAUGUGAAUUCUAUGGAUUUUCUUUUUUUAUUAAUAAAUCACUUUCUUAGAAAAUACUUGAUAACCAAGAAGCAGCAGCAGAUUAGUAUCUUAUAUAUACUUAAAUGUGCAAAUGCAUAUUUAGUUCAACCUCAGAAAGACAUCUAUAUUUAUGAUUGAUUUUCUUUCUGAAUGUCAUAAUUUUUGUUAAUUAAGUAUACUAUUUAUUUAGAUUUACAAAAUCAAUUGUUUAUGAAAGGAUUUGUUUUGAACUUAACAUUUUUAAGCACCGUCACAGAAAGGCAGCAUCCCCCCACCCCGUGGACUAUUAAAAACAGGCUGUUAACUAUUUAAUUUACAAGAAUCGUUAUAGAAGUGUGUUUUUUAGUACAGUAGUUUCUGUAUUACUGCAAAGUAAAAUCUUGUGGUUUAAGUCAGAUCUUUUUAUAUCUUAAUUUUUCCGUAUUUAAUGAAAUAAAACUUACCAAAUCUAAAGAUUAUCUUACCUGCCUAAUAGCUGAAAGGGUAACUUCCAAGUCAUUGAGUUUUUAGUUGAUUAAAGGCAUGAAUUAAAACUCUCAAGGGAAGCUUGACUAUAAAUCUCAGAAGCUAUGUUUUAUAUUACAGUGAAAUCGUGAAUAGCCAGAAUAUUCAGGGGUGUGCUGAUCUAUUUAUUUGGAUUUUCACAGUAUCUAAGUAUUAGCAAGAAAGUUUUGUUUUCACCCUUGUUGAAAAUUCCUUGAAGUAGAAUGUCCGUUAGUGUAGAAAAUAGUUAAUUUUUUAAAUCUGUUGUUUAAGAUUUUCAGUGAGUCGGGUUGUUGUUCCAUGUGUCCUGAUCACUGUAGGGCACUGUUAGGUGGAAGAUACUAAAAUGAAUCUCUGCUAACCCCAGGACCUACAGAAGGAUUUUUUUCUUUUGACUGAAUCCCUGAUGAGAGCUUGUUUUUCAUGUUUUCUUUUAAAGGGGAAAUAUAGUUAGUAUAACGUUCUAGGUCAUUGAAUUCCAGUUAACUGAACUAUUAGUGAAUUCUUAAUCACCCUUCCACCAAUAAAGCAGAUAAAUGCUUUAUUAUUUUUAUUAUAAUGAUAAAAUAGGUGACAAAAAUGGCUAAAGAAAAAGCAAACACUUCCCCUUUAAGGAUCUCAUCACCUUUUUGUUUAUGGGCAAUUCUGCCCUCAGAAAUAAUGUCACAUUUGGACACACAUGUACCAAGGAUUUGAAUCUGUGUAUCAAGAAAACUGUUGUUGUUGUUGUAAGGUGCUAUUGAGUCAAUUCCAGCUCAUAGUGAUGCUGUGUGCAACAGAACGAAACACUGCCCAGUCCAAAGAAAACUAGGUAGGGCAUUUAGUUUUAGAUUGAUUUUAUAAUUAUCUAAGAUUAAAACAUAGUUUUAUUUAAAGAAGGGUUUCAACAACCCUGUUUAUACAUGGCUAACAUUAAAAGCCCAUUGUUUAUUUGUAUUGUAACAUUUUAAAAUAGCAUGUUUAUUUCUGAUUAUAAAAGCUUGGCAAUUUUAUCAUAAAUUUCAUUUUUCAAUAUAGAGGAGGACAAAAAUAUGUAACACUGUUAUGAAUAUCCUUUAUGUAAAUCUUGUACACAUUUCUAAUUAUUACCUUAGAACAGAUUCCUAAAAGUGGACUUUUGGGAUCAAAGCAUAUACACAUUUUUAAGGCCUUGCUAGCUAUUGGUUUCCUUUGCACUCUAGUAAAAUAGUACUUAUGUUUUCACCUGCCAUGUUUAAGAGUCCUUAUUUUUCUGAGGUCUCAACUGCUCUAGAUAUUGUGAUUUUUUUUUUAAAUUAAAAUAUUUAAAAUUAUAUACAAGGAAGUCGUCUUAGCAUUUUUAGCUCAUCUGUUUAGCCUAACAAGAACUUUUUUCAAAGUAACUUUUUAAGAAUAUUUUUAACAUUGGUGAGGUCUUUUAUGCAAUUUUGUGUGCCACUUUUUCUACUUAAUUUAUCACGUGUUUUUUCCAUGACAUUAAAAUCUUCAUAAACAUUAUUUUGAUGGCUGCAUAAAAGCCCUUAUGUGACUGUAUCAUGAUUUACCCCAACCAUCCCUCCUAGGUUGACUAGUUCUUGCUGUUACAAAUAACCCUGUGGUAGAUAUCUGUGCAUAAAAUUUUGUUUCCAUUUUUAUCAUUCCUUAGGACAGAUUCUAUGAAGUAAAAUUCAUGUGUCACAGCAGGAAUGAACAUGUAGCAAAAUAACUUUCCAGAAAAGCUGCUCCAGUCACAUUUCUACCAGCAGCGUAUGAGUGUGCCUGUGUCAUGGUAGCCUCAUCAGCAUUGAGCAUCCUUAUUUUUAAAAAUCUUUACCAAUUUAACACGUGAAAAUGGUCUCAUGCAUUCUAAUCAAGACCUUCUUCUUGAAUAGAUAAUAAAAAUAAGAAACAGGACUAUGGACAAAGUAGCAUUCUAUCCUUGUUUUAUUAGUAGUAUACAACUGCAUAUACAAAGCACUUUGCAAAUGAGUGUUGUUCAUAGUUUGUGCUAAUGGGGAAACUAAGGCUUGGGGAGAUUGACUUGCCCAAUGUUACAAAAUGAUUUAUUGACAGCUCAGAAACUGAAGGUCUUUCUUAUUGACAAAGCAGAUAACAGCAUGCACAGUGGCAGUCAAAGCUUCUCUCAUGCUGUUCCUUCCAGAUGGUUCAGCCCUGUCCUUUUGGGACUUGUCUCCCAGGGUGAGGCAAGGCCUUCAGCCUGUUCAAUAUUUGGUCUCUAUGUAGAGGCUUCCAACAAGCUAACAAGUUACUGCCGAGUAAGACAUGGUAAUUUUUAUGAUGCUGACCCUGGAUGGGACUACCAGUGAUUCUCCUCCUCAAGCUCCUCUUUGAAAAGCUGUAAGGUGGUAUCAGCUUUGUCGUGGCUGACCACGUCUCAUUCCUAGGGCUGUCUGGCCUUGGAGUAUCCUGAAGGUGAAGGAUCAGAGUGCUCUGAAUUUACAUGCCCAUAUAUUGAGAAAAUGCCCUAGAUGACCUUUCCUACGUGUUGAGAUGAGAGGCUUCCUGUCUGGAGGUCUCUGAAAGGCGAAUGAUACCUGAAGAAGCACUUGAAUGACACUUGUUAUCCCUCUGCCAGGUCCCCCAACCAUGUCUUUAGGCCUGUAUGCCAGAAAGGUAGGUCUUCGUGAACAGAGACCUCUACGACCUAGAGAAAGAGGGGAGACUGAAGGGGUGUAGUUUGAAUUCAGCCCUCAGGAAUAAGAGAGCAGGAGACUCAGGCAGGGGAGUCAGGAACCACAGACCAGAGACACUGACUUUGAGAAAAGUUUUUUCACAUGGAUGAAAUGAAGCUACUGAUCCAUGAUGUUAAAAGAAUUUGAAAAAUUCACUAAAAAUAGUAAAUGAAUGAUAUGGCCAAUUUCAAGGGAAGGACAUCCCCAGGAAAUACAGUAGGGAGUGUCAUCUCUUUAACCAAAAAGUUAAAAAUUAAAGAAGAAGAAGAAAACACAGACUGCAGCCCUGGGACCUUGGGGCAGUUAUGAGGGACAUGGGAACAGCCAAGAUAGUCCCAGAGGCAUAAUCUCUAAGAGGCUUUAACACCUGUCAACCCUCUCAUGUCAUUUUAGAGGUAAGUAUGAACUGGUUUUGUGUUUGUAGCUUUGGUGUGAAAUCAGGUAGUACCGUCUGCUGAGCGUAAAACCUUUGUUGCAUUAAGUAGGACAUACGGUAAUUGUCUAAUGGCCCAAGAAUUUUAUUCUAGAUUGGUAAUAUAACUUUUUCUUCCUUGCGUUUUAAUUGUUUUUAAUUUGUGACUGAGUCUCCAGGAACUUUAGUAUGCUGUCGAGAAAUAGUUGAUCCCCCCUUGUGAGACCUUUUAGUUUCAUUUACCCUCAGUGUUAAGUGCCAGGAAAUUGAAAUGAACACAAGUGUGAUUGUGUUGGCCCCUCUUUAAGGAAAGUGACCGUGUUGUCUUAAAAAUGUCAAAAUUAACAGAUUAUGAUCAUUUGAUCCACGAGCUAUUUGCAAGUAUGUUGUUUUCUGCAUAGUUCCAUUUUAGAGAAAUAAAAAUAUGUGGCAGCCUAGUGAAAGUGAAAUAAUGUAGCCACUGUAGUUCGUUUUAGGACCCAGUUACAAAAUGAGGCUAAAUCUGAAUUUGAUACAGAUUUGUCUCUACCUCCUCCCAUUCUGGGGAAUUUUGUUUCCUUGUUUAGUUUUUAGGAUAAUGAUUAUUCCUAUCCUGUUUUCUCCACCCCAGUGUGGUAUGUGAGUAUUCCUUUAGAGACGGACUGGUGGUAUCUGCGUUGUGGGUACAGCACCUGGGGACUGAGUUUGAUUAUUUCUUUUUCAUUAGAAGUUUUUUCACUAGAUGGUUUAUUUUGUGAGAAAGGAGGGUCAUGAGUUUAGUUUUCUUACCAAUAUAUUUGUGUUUUCAAUGCUGGUUUCUGUUUUGUGUUCUCAAUAUUGGUUUCUGUUUUCCUAGACUGGUGUUAACGUUUUGAUUAUAGGUUUGAUUCAGUAGUAGCUUAGAAGAGAAUGAAUUUUCACAACAUUAGUAUUUGAACACAUCAGAUGCAGAAAUGGUAUUUCUUGCCGUUCAGUAUUUCUCAUAAGAUGCUAAUAUUCAUGUGGGUAUUUGUCUUCCACGCUACAGAACAUAAUUUGAUGAAACUGAUUUUCUGUGCUCCUAGAGCUUGUGUUUCUCAAACUACGUUUAGUCUUAUGGACCACUUCUUCCCAUUGGUGUACAGGAGGCAGAAGAGCGUAAUGACAGAGUGGAUUUUAGAUUAAAGCCUGAGUUUGAAGAAUCCGAGAUGUUUGUGUAUCCUUGGGAAGUUACUUAACCUUUCUAAGUUAACCUUCCUCUGUGAGAUAACAGUAAACCCUAGAGUUGUGAAAAUUGAAUGGUAUAUGUGAAGCAUAGCACAAUGCCUGAUACAUAGUAAGACAUUUUAAAAAAUAGUAAUAGUAAUAAGGAAUUUGAAGAAGGAAAACGUCCUGGUGGACUGGCGUAGUCAAGCUAAUAAUAGUUUGGAAUUUAUCAAAACCAAAUCCGGUCUUAGGUGCUUAUCUGGAAAGCACUUUUUUGGUUGCUGCUGUAAUCUUUAUAACUAGAAGUCUAGAAACGUAGUUGCUUUGAUUUCUGAUCAGUUUUUCCCCUACCAUUUUAUACUUAUAUUUGUUUUGGUCCCAGUCAUCAUCCCUUGCAAAACUGAUAAGAUGCAUUUUUAAAUAUAUGAAAUAUUGUCAGUAUCCAUUCAGACCAACCACCUCUAGGCCCAGCUUUCUACUCUAUGCUGGCCUAAUUUUUACCAAGUCUUAGAAACAAAGAUAGACUCCAGGGGUUGAUGUGGGGCCUCCAGAAUGGGAAUUGCACAGAAUAAUCUUAUUUUUCCUCUAUUCUUCCAGUCUGUUAUGUUCUGAACCCACACAUGUUUUCGGAAGGACCAAAUGGCUGGCACUGGCUAAUGGGAAUCAAAAGACAAGAGUGAAAGUAACCUGGUUGUCACAUAUCCCUAUCUUAGAGGUGCUUUGCCCUGUCCCAUGAUCAGUUUCUUUUUUCCCUGGCUACUUCACCUCACUGUAUCAGAAAACUCCAACAAAACCUGAUCUGUCUGAGGUUAGAUUAUGAUUAAGUCAGUGAAGUUGAAUGAAAAAGAUUGUAUUCAGGACUGUGGAAGAGAAGAAGUAGCAGCUGCCUUUGUAUAGGCAGUAUAGCCUUGUGGUUAAGAACUUGGGUUUUGGAGUCAGAUGGAUCUGGGUUCAAAUCCAGUUUCACCACUUACAAGCUCCCUGACAGUAAUCAAGUUGCUUAACCUCUUUAAGCCUCAGUUUUCUCACUUGUGAGUUGGGAAUAAUAAUAGUGCAUUCUUCACAUUGGUCAUGAGGAAUGAAUGAAAUAAAUUCUUUGCUGUGUGCCAGGCACUAUGCUAAAUAAUAAAUAUCAGCUUUUGUUAUUAUUAAGGAGCUCAUAAUCAAAUGAAAGGAUAAGCACGAAGAAAAAAGAACAAAGCUUGAAAAGCCACAAAAACAUGGCCAGAUAAUAUAUAAACUUGAAUAGAAGUGCUAAAGCUAAAAUGAUUGGAGGCAGGCAAGUUUUUGAGGCUUCAUGAAAUAGAUAAUUCUCAGUCACCUGGAAGAAAGUCAAUGUGGUUCAUCUUGUGUCGUCAAGGUGUUUUUGGUUAAGAGAAUGACAUAAAUAGAAAUAUUAAGGAGUCAUAACAGACCUCUGAGCAAAGGAAUGAUGUAACAGCUGACUUUCCUUGCUACCUGUAAAGAGACAAGUUGACUAGGUAAAAAUAGCCACAACCUAGAAUUAAGUUACUCAGACAGGUAGAGACAGCACUGUGGGCCCUGCAGAAUGAGAAAGUUGUAGAACUUGACAAUAGACUGAAAGGGCAACUAGAGAGCUUGUUGGGAGUGAAUGAGAUGGUCAGGAGGUCUAGAAGAGAGAAAUCAUGAGGUAGGUUUUCUUCUUUGAAGGUGGGGAAAGAUCAAGUGCAGACUGAGCUGUGGUCAACGUUUGCAGACCAGGAAUCCACACUAGCUCUAAUCAGAGAGCUCUUGGUAUACAGGAACUGCCAGUUUGCCGACGGGAAAAGAGCCCCAGACUGGGUAAUGGUGAGCCCUGAAGUCGCACCCCAGCUCUGCCACUCAUUGAGCACGGCAACAUCCCUAAUCCUGACCAGCCAUGGAGAGGUUCGGUUCUUACAAGGAAAAUGAGUGAAUGUGGGAAUGGCUCACCACAUUGGGAAAACAAAACUCACAUCCUGCUGAUGGUGGCUGAGGACUGUCAUGUCCACAUACAAAGAAAAGCAUGUGGCACAGUUUUAGGACAAAGGUAUGGUUUUGUGGAGUUUGAUGAUCUGCGUGAUGCAGAUGAUGCUGUUUAUGAACUAAACGGCAAAGACCUUUGUGGUGAGAGAGUAAUUGUUGAGCAUGCCCGCGGCCCACGUCGAGAUGGCAGUUACGGUUCUGGACGCAGUGGAUAUGGUUAUAGAAGAAGUGGCCGAGAUAAAUACGGCCCUCCUACCCGCACAGAGUACAGGCUUAUUGUGGAGAAUUUGUCAAGUCGGUGCAGCUGGCAAGACCUAAAGGAUUAUAUGCGUCAGGCAGGAGAGGUAACCUAUGCAGAUGCUCACAAGGGACGCAAAAAUGAAGGGGUGAUUGAAUUUUUGUCUUACUCUGACAUGAAAAGAGCUUUGGAAAAGUUGGAUGGAACUGAAGUCAAUGGCAGAAAAAUCAGAUUGGUUGAAGACAAGCCAGGUUCUAGACGACGCCGGUCCUACUCCAGGAGCCGGAGUCACUCAAGGUCUCGCUCUCGAAGCAGACAUUCCCGUAAGAGCAGAAGCCGAAGUGGCAGCAGCAAAAGCAGUCAUUCAAAGAGCAGAUCUCGAUCCAGGUCGCGUUCGCAUUCCCAGAGCAAGAGCCGCAGCCGUAGCCAGAGCCGCAGCCGGAGCAAGAAGGAACAAAGCAGGAGCCCCAGCAAGGAUGACAAGAGCCGUAGCCGCAGCCGCAGUGCUGACAAAAGCCGCAGUAAAAGUAAAGACCAAGCCGAAGAGAAGAUCCAGAACAAUGACAACAUUGGGAAAUCCAAGAGCCAAAGUCCCAGUAGGCAUAAAAGUAAGAGUAAAAGUAGGAGCAGGAGUCAAGAGAGGAGAGUGGAGGAGGAGAAGCAAGGGAGUGUGAGCCGAAGCAGAAGCAGGGAGAAGAGCAGGAGUCAGGAGCAAAGCCUCCUCGAGAGCAGGAGCCGAAGCAGGAGCAGGAGCAAAGGAGGCAGCAGGAGCCGAAGUAGGAGUCGCAGCAAAAGCAAGGACAAGAGGAAGGGAAGGAAGAGAAGCCGGGAGGAGAGCCGCAGCCGAAGCCGCAGCCCCAGCAAGAGCGAGCGGAGCAGGAAACGAGGCGGCAAGCGAGACAGCAAGUCGGGCAGCAGCAAGAAGAAGAAGGAAGACACCGAUCGCUCCCAGUCCAGAUCUCGGUCCCGCUCCGUGUCAAAGGAGCGGGAGCAUGCCAAGUCCGAGUCUGGCCAGAGGGAAGGCCAAGGAGAGAGUGAGAAUGCAGGCAUCAACCAGGAGACCCGGUCCAGGUCGAGGUCCAAUUCCAAAUCGAAACCAAACCCAUCAGAAUCGCGCUCUAGAUCAAAGUCAGCCUCAAAAACCCGGUCUCAGUCCAAGUCUAGAUCCCGGUCCGCUUCCAGAUCUCCCUCCCGGUCUAGAUCUAGGUCCCACUCAAGGUCCUAACUGGCUACAACCACAGUUGGAACUACCCAAGAAGUCUUUUGUACAUGUUUGGUAGCCGUAGCACAAGUGAUUGAAGUAGACCACACGUCACUGCUGUACAUUUUUAACUCCCCUAAUGGUGUGUCUAUAAUUGUUAAAUCUCAGUGCUUCCUCUCCAUAAAGCCUCCUGGCGCCAGGCCUUCCUGCUCGACUGAAAAAAAAUCUUCUCUUUGAAACCCUCCCUUUACUCACGGCCCACAGUAGAAUAUCCAAAAUGCCUUGGCUUUCAGGCCUGGCCCUUCCUACAGGGAGCUCAGUACCUGGACACCAUUAAGGCUGGAAUGAUGACAUAGGUAGGUAUGGUGAGUUCAACUGUUUUCGCCCUUGAAUUGAUGCCCUUUGAGGUAUGCCAUUUAGUGAACGUGCUAAGUCUUAAGUUUCCUACCACUUUGGUUUCAUAUUUUUGGACUUAACAAAGUUGUGAAUAGCACAGUCGAGGAAAAUUGAUACCUGCAGUAACCCAUAGAAAAUAAACUGUAGAGUUCCAUAUUCUGGUAUUGUGACUAUAUUGUUUUAUAUUAAAAAAAAAAAAAAAAAAGAAAAUUUUUUUUAAUUUUAUUUU